GACGACAAGCGCGAUGGAAGGAGCGUUGCGAGGUGCCUGGGACGACGUCCUUGGCGUGCUGACGUCCGUCGACGACUACGAUCUUGCCGAGACGUCGCCCACCGGCGAAACACUGCUGCAGCUCGCAUGCGCCGCCAACGCGAUCGCUGUCGUUCGCCACUUGUGCACGCACCCGCGCUGCCAUGAGGUUGUCAACGCCGCCAGAAAUGACACGCGACCGGCACUGCUGUCGGCCGUGCUGGCGGGCGCCACCGAGAUCGUCUCGAUGCUCUUGGCGACGUUUGGCGAGGAUCUAGACCUGAAUGUAUCGCACAGCGGACCCUUUGAAGACGCGGAGCAGUGGCCGCUCAUGGCUGCGAUCGAUACAAAGCACGUAAAGAUCGCACUGCUCUUACUCGACCAGCCUAGCAUCGACAUCAACCGACGGCGCGCAACGGACUCGACUGCGUACUAUGUCGCUUGUAUCCUAGACCUCGUCCCGGUCGUCGAGCGAAUGCUUGCGCUGCCGGCGCUCACCAGAGACGUCAUGACUAAGCGAGGCAGCACGCCGUUCACUGGCGCCUGCCGCCGCGCUGCGUGGUCAACGGCGCGCGUGCUUUUGCGCGAGCAUGCGAUCGCAGACAUCAACGCCCAAGACCCUGAAGGAAGAACAGGCUUUUUAUGGACCUGCUACCACGGAAACCUCGAUUUGGUCGAAGUGCUCCUUGAGGUCGUCGACGUUACUCGGGCGUGUCAUCGCCACUGGACGGCGCUAGACUACCUCAGUCGCAACCUCGUCUGCGACGAGGCACACGACAACGACAGGCUCAUCAACCUUGUGCAGCGUUUGCUCGCGCGGGGCGUCACCUUUGGUGUGCGCACGCAACCAAUGGUAUACCGACAGCCACGCCGCGACGCCGACGUCGACCUCGCCGAGCUCGCAAGCCGACAACAAUUGGACGAAUUGUACAAUGUCCUUCGCGACGGCGCGUAUACGGGCAACGUCAACCGUCUGUUCGAGGUAGAAUAUUGUUGA